CGCCCCGGGCCGGGCGUGCGCCUUUUCUGACAAGCGGGGCCUCCUGGCUCUAACCCUCAACCCUCGCGGGGCUGCCCUCAGAACCGUCACACGUCCCGGCCCGGCAGGGAGAAAACGACAUGGCGGCGGCCACGCCCGACAACCUCUCUCUGGUGGUGCACGGACCCGGAGACCUGCGCCUGGAGAACUAUCCUAUCCCUGAACCAGGCCCAAAUGAAGUGCUGCUGAAGAUGCAUUCUGUUGGGAUCUGUGGCUCAGACGUCCACUACUGGCAGCAUGGUCGAAUUGGUGAUUUUAUUGUGGAAAAGCCUAUGGUGCUGGGUCAUGAAGCUUCAGGGACAGUCGUAAAAGUGGGAUCACUGGUCAAGCACCUAAAACCAGGAGAUCGUGUUGCCAUCGAGCCUGGUGCUCUGCGAGAAAUGGAUGAAUUCUGCAAGAUUGGCCGGUACAAUCUGUCGCCAUCCAUCUUCUUCUGUGCCACACCCCCUGAUGACGGGAACCUCUGCCGGUUUUAUAAGCACAACGCUGACUUCUGCUACAAGCUUCCUGACAAUGUCACCUUUGAAGAAGGGGCCCUGAUUGAACCACUGUCUGUGGGGAUCCAUGCCUGCCGGCGAGCUGGAAUCACCCUGGGGAACAAGGUCUUUGUGUGUGGAGCUGGGCCGAUUGGACUGGUCACUGUGAUUGUGGCCAAGGCGAUGGGUGCAGCUCAAGUGUUGGUGACUGAUCUGUCUGCCUCUCGGUUGUCUAAAGCCAAGGAGGUUGGGGCUGAUAACGUCCUUCGGAUUUCCAAGGAGAGCCCUAAGGAAAUCGCCAGUAAAGUGGAAGGUCUGCUGGGGUGCAAGCCGGAAGUAACCAUCGAGUGCACAGGGGCGGAGCCUGCCAUCCAGGCAGGCAUCUAUGCUACUCGUUCUGGUGGGACCUUGGUGCUCGUAGGGCUGGGCCCUGAGAUGACCACUGUGCCCCUGGUGCAUGCGGCCAUCCGGGAGGUGGACAUCAAGGGCGUGUUUCGAUAUUGCAACACGUGGCCGAUGGCAAUUUCGAUGCUUGCCUCCAAGUCUGUGAACAUAAAGCCCUUAGUUACCCAUAGGUUUCCUCUGGAAAAAGCUCUGGAGGCCUUUGAAACAGCCAGAAAGGGACUGGGGUUGAAAGUCAUGCUCAAGUGUGACCCCAAGGACCAGAAUCCCUAAUAAUGAAUUGGGUUUUGCCCUCAACCCCCUACCCCCAGCCUGGUGCCAGUAUCUUGGCAGGGCGGGGCUUGAUGCAAAAGUUUCUUUUGAGUAGCAAAAAUAAUUAAAAUAAUUCAUUACAAGCAGAGAGCCUUAAACAACAGAGGAACUGGUGUACCUUAAAAA